UAAAGACGUCAACUCGGACUUUUAACCCCUCUAAAACCCCAAAACGAGGAGAAGAAAUAUGCGUCGAAACUUGAACGAAGCGAAUUAAAAGCGACAGAGUUUCGAACUUUCUCCGAUUCUUUUGGAAUCGGUGAACGAAUCAAAGCGAUAGCUUUGGACUUGAGAGUUUGCGUUGUUAGAGAGAAAGACAGAUAUGCUAGGAAGAAAGUUCAUUUCCUUCUUUAAAAGAUCCCCGAAAUUACAGGUUUCAAGUUCUGCUUCUCCUGAUGAAGGAAAUAACAAAUCUUUUGGUCGUAAAGCAGUGUCUUUUGUUUUAAUUACUGUAACCGGUGGCAUUGCUUUGAGUGCUCUUGAUGACCUUGCUAUUUAUCAUGGCUGUAGCAGCAAAGCGAUGGAGAAAGCCAGUGAAAACCAGGCCAUCAAAGAUGCUAUUGGGGAACCUAUUAUGAAGGGACCAUGGUACAAUGCAUCACUUGCCGUAGCUCAUAAGAGGAACUCUGUGUCAUGCUCAUUUCCUGUGUCUGGACCACAUGGCACUGGUGUCUUGCAGUUGAAAGCUAUACGCAAUGGAGAGGACACCUGGUUUUCAUUUUUCCGGCCUCGUGACUGGGACAUAAUAAUCAUGGAUGCUCUCCUCCAUAUUCCUGGAAAUGAAGAGAAGCAGCAAACAAUGCGGAUUAGUGUCUCUGACUAUUUUCCUCCACCGGCUUGUACGGCAUGUACUGGUUGUGAGGUUGGAGAAAAAGAUAAUCCUGAGAAGAAAUAAUACAUAUAGCGGACAAGAACAUUGCUCUUGAGCAAAUAACACGAUCACCUUGUGGUCUAAUAUGGAGAAAUGCUUAUUAACUUGCUGGUUUUGGAUUUGGCCAAGAUGGGGCCCAGCAGUAAUUCUGGGCUUUUUCUUUGGGCUAUGACCUUUAAAUUCUUGGUUUUCUUUCAGUUAGUUUGUAAUCUUGUUCACGACCCCCUUUUUUUUUUUUUUUUUUGGUUGGAUAGGAAAUCUUGUACCUAUUUGGGUCCCCAAAAAAAAAAAAGAAAAAAAAAGGAAAAAGAA